UCAACUCAGUAGACAGCGCGCUAGAAGAGACGUCACUUCCGGAGCUAAGCUGCACGAGCUGGUGAGAGAGAAGGAGGUUUGUGAGCUGUACAUCAUGUCCUCCUUGCUGAAAGUGGAUCAGGAGCUGAAGAAGAAGGUUGACUGCUUUCGAGAGAGAAUCACAAAUGAGGCUGAAGACCUGGUUGCUGCAUUUUUUCCAAAGAAAUUGUUAGAACUGGACAGCUUUCUCAAGGAACCCAUGCUCAAUGUCCAAGACCUAACGCAAAUACAUUCAGAAAUGAAUCUGCCAAUACCAGAUCCCAUUCUACUGACUAACAGCCAUGACGGGUUGGAUGGCCCAAACCUCAAGAAGCGAAAACUGGAAGAUGGUGAUGAUCACUGUACAGGCACCAAAGUUUUUGUGAUGCCCAAUGGCAUGUUGAAGAGCAAUGCACCUCUAGUGGAGAUCAUCGAGAAAGUGAAGCCGGAGAUCAGGUUACUGAUUGAGAAGUGUAAUACCGUAAAAAUGUGGGUUCAGCUUCUUAUUCCAAGGAUAGAAGAUGGUAACAAUUUUGGAGUGUCUAUCCAGGAAGAGACAGUGGCCGAGUUGCGAACAGUAGAGAGUGAAGCAGCAUCCUAUCUUGAUCAGAUUUCCAGAUAUUAUAUCACUCGGGCCAAACUGGUUUCCAAAAUAGCAAAAUAUCCUCAUGUGGAAGAUUAUCGACGUACUGUGACAGAAAUAGAUGAAAAGGAGUAUAUCAGUUUACGGCUAAUAAUAUCAGAGCUGAGAAACCAAUAUGUGACGUUACAUGACCUGAUCUUCAAAAACAUUGAGAAAAUCAAAAAGCCCAGGAACAGUAAUGCUGAAACACUCUACUAAUAAUCAUGUCCACAGAAACCUUCCUCCCAACAUUUUAGUUAUAUUUUGUUUUAGUUUUCUUCCUUUGAACUUAAAAGGAACAUAGGCCAUCAUUGCCUUGUAUGAACGUGAGACAUCCUCUCCACCAUGAAGGGAUUGAAACUGUUCUGGAAAUAAAUCUUCUGGCUUUUAUGUUUAAAACAAUAUUUUUCCCUUCGGUCUGGAUUCAGAAAUGUAAUGUAUAUUGAAAGCCUUGGUCUGUAUCAAAGCACUAUGAAAGCCUUUUAUACCUGGAGCACUGUAAUACCAGAAUGCUACAAUGUAUCCCCUUAUAGCACUGUGUCAGUAUUGGAAUUGGUCAAUAGUUUUGGGCUUGUAGUUGUCUAAAAGGUUUAAUCCAAAUUAGGGCUGACCUUCCAUGGCUGCAAUAUAACUACAGGGUAAGUAGAAAUGGUGCACUAUAUUUUAGGUUUAUCAAUUCGAUUACAUCGGGGCACAGUAAGUGGCUCCAUUGGGACAAAAUGGUGGUUCUCCGAGUUUAAGAUACACAUGAAAUAGAGGUUUGAGUCCAUGAACUUAAUUUUGAUAUUGAUUCAUGAAAAACGCCAUAGAACAGCAAACACAUUUUGGUGGCUAAAAGCGUAUAUGGAUUCCUAUAUUCAGUUACUACUGGGGGAAUGUCAACUGUAUACAGAUAUGACCAAAUUCAUAUAUGUGGAUGUUAAACUGAUAUCCCAUAAAUUCAAAAGGGAAAACCUUUCAUAUCAAAAAAAUGUAAUUGUAACCUAAGAUAUUCUAAAUAUACAUUUUUUUUUUUUUUUUUUUCAUUUAAAAUUGGAUAGCAUUUUUCACAAAUAAACAUCAUAAUAUAGACUAUAAAUACAUUUUGAAACUGAUAUGUCAAAAAUUAAUUGCAAAUGAAAUCCAAAAUAUUGUCCCCCAUUUUAAUUAUUGGCAGACGAGCAAUAAUCCUGUGCACCAAUUUCUAAACUACAUGGUAAGACUAAAACGUAAAGCGGUGACAAAUUAAAAUAAACUUUCCUUUUUUAUAAAACAUAGAGCAGAUAUGUGCUGUAUCAACACAUGACUUUGUAUUAAUUGGAUUAUAUUGCUUAUUGCACAGUUCUGGUAAAUAACCAUGUUCUUCAAUAAGCCAUAAAGGAUAACUGUACAAAAGUGCAUUUAUCCUUUAAGGCAGGCAAUCUAAAAAUCGGUAAUUUGGCCAGUCAUGACAAUUAGGAACAGCUCUACCUCAAGUCCACUUUUGAACAACUUGGAUCUAUAAUUGCAAACAUUGUCUCCACACGUAAAAUGGAUAUCUACGUCUGGGUCUGUUUUAAGGCAAGGUUUGGCAGCACCCAUAGCUUUUCAUGGCUCCAUUUAUUUGGAGUAAUACUUUCAAGUCUCUUUUGACAUUGUACUAUAAAUACACUUUGAAAAUGAAGAGGCAUAAUUUGGUAAUUUUAUUUUAAGCCCAUUUUAAUUACUUUAUUAGAUGUAACAGCCGUAGAACAUAUUCAAAUGAACAAUGUAGGAAAUAUGGUUAAUUUCAAAGUUGUGUGUUUUUUUGUUUUUUUUUUCUUUUUUUUAUUAUUAUUGCUUAAAAUAAUUUUGCAUUUUAUCAAAUACUAGAAGUGAGUUUGGAUUUGUAAAAGUUAUUCAUUUGCCUCUCGUUCUUGUAUACUUGCUCACACUGGGGAAGCUUUGUGUUCAGUGGAAACAUGUUUAAAUAUGUUUGUGGCCAUGUCUGUGCACAGUAAUCCUGCGUUUUUAGAGGCUACAAACAACAUUUCAUGACUGAAUAUUUUGUUAACUAGUUUAUUGUAGAAAAUUAUAGCCCAAAUUCCUGAA